AUGCUAUACUUCGUCAACUUUAUCAUUAUUCUAAUGCGUCUUCAAUUGGCUGAUAUGCAAAUUACAAAAUGUGUCGCAUGUAUCGAUCCUGUUUUUAACUUCAUCGAUGUGAAACAACGGAGAGAUUCUCCUUUAAUUGUGUUCCCCAAGAGAAAAGGACUACUACCAUGCGAACAAACAGCCAAUCCAGAAAUGGUCGAGUGUCAUCACGCAUGUUUCAAGGCAUCAUAUCAGUUAACCAUUGAUUAUCCAAAUGGGACUUACUAUCGUAAGCUGGUUAUUAUUAUGACUGCAGUUCAUAUGUCGACUGGAAUCGUCAUGAAUACGAUAUAA